UUCCGCCGACUUGCGGAGCUCACAGCUCCCAGGCCAUUUUGCUUUCCUCUCCGUUCUCCGCCUGCCGGUCCACCGUCUCCCGAUCCGAACACCGAGCAGAGAAGAGGAAAAGAAGGCGUCUAAAUUCUUUUUAUAAUUUUCCUUUUUGGGAAUUAAGACAAUAUGGGGCCAGGAAGAAGAAUAGGAGGAUCCGCAGGUCUCCGCUUCGUGCUGGCCCUGGCGGUGGCCUCUCUCUUGGCCUUGCCGGCCCGAUCCCUCCGCUUCGACCUCCAAUCGGGCCAGACCAAGUGCAUCUCCGAGGACAUCAAGCUCCACGCCAUGGCGGUCGGCAAGUACGCGGUCGUCAACCCCGCCGACUCCGGCCCCCUCCCCGAUUCCCACCGCGUCACCGUCCGGGUUACGUCGCCCUACGGGAACAACAUCCACUAUGCGGAGAGCGUGGAGCUGGGGAAUUUUGCUUUCACCGCGAACGAGGCAGGGGACUACCUGGCCUGCUUCUGGACGCCCAACCACAAGCCGGCCACCACGGUGACGCUCGAGUUCGACUGGAGGACCGGCGUCGCCGCCAAGGACUGGACGAAUGUCGCCAAGAAGGGCCAGCUUGAUCUUAUGGAGCUGGAGUUGAAGAAACUGGGGGAUACUGUUAAGUCGAUCCAUGAUGAAAUGUUCUAUCUUCGUGAACGGGAGGAAGAAAUGCAAGACAUGAACAGAACGACCAAUUCUAGGAUGGCAUGGCUAAGUUUCCUUUCACUUCUUGUAUGUCUAUCGGUGGCAGGCUUGCAGUUAUGGCAUCUAAAGACCUUUUUUGAGAGAAAGAAGCUGCUUUAAUCCUUUUUUGAUCUCAGUAUGUGCCUGUUUGUCAUUGUAGUAUUGGGUGUGGGAGGGGCUUCCGAAGGUAUUUUUUUUUUUUUUUGAUUUUUUAAAAGUAGGCUGGAGAACUGCGUGUAUUUGACUUAUUGUUUGUAGUCCUAAAAAGAUAUGGAACCGGGCCCUUUGAUCACUAAACCUGCCGAGUGCUGGCUUAAAGUUCGACACGUUUCUCAUUAACAUCUGAUCUACUUUCACUGAUGUCACUCAGCCCGUCCAUGUAUUCCAAUUAAUUCCAGGAAAUGCAAGGAGAUACGCCCCAUUAUA